AUGGCCACGGGCCACGGCGGCGAUGUCUUAUACAUUACCAGUCUGCCGCAGAGCAGGGUAUUCUCGUACGAGGUCUCGGGUUCCAGCGAUCAGGGCAAGACGGUUAUUCAUGCUGCCUACGAGACGCAGAAGUAUGCGGAGUCGACGCCGUUCACACAAUGGACGAUCAAGAUCUUAAACCCCGGGGAAUUUGAUCUAAAGGAGCUGACUAGUGUUGAGGUGGAAUGGACGGGCACGGGACGGUUUGGGGUUUCUACCGAGCUGAGCUCGAGGGGAGUACGGGGAGCACCGUUAUGA